ACAUUUUCCCUUCAGCACACCAGAGAGGUUAUGAGAGUUGAGGGCAGGAAGAAGUCAGCCUCAGUGUAGUACAAUGUCCCAAUAUUUACAAAGUUUAUUCAACUUUAACUCUUAAAUUAUUUCUAUUUAAACCAGAACCAUGAACGGCGCAGUGAGCCGGAGAGCCCUGCAGAGGCUUCACGCCGCCGGCUCCGCUCCUGCAGCCUGUCCGGGCAGCUGGACCCGGAUCAUGCCCUCCUGCUGCAGACUCCAGGCCGGAUCCCGGUUCAUUUCAGGCCGGGGAGCCAUGAAUGUGUUCAACCGAGAGAUGAAGAAGAAGCAGAAGAACUGGGCAGCUUCUCUACAGGAUGGACACCAAUUCGACUACCUGAGAGACGAGGUAGGAGACACAGAAAGGAGACUUCAAGUCGCACACUAAGACACUGGCGAGGUUCCUUUACCUUCUUCCUAAACUGAUUAACUAACACUAUUUGUUUUUAACCCGAUAUUAUUUACUAAAAGGUAAUGCUACAUGAAUAUGAAGCAGUAUCACAUGAAUUCAAUGCAAAGAUGCAUGAAUUGAUUGAUAAAAACAACUGUUUAUUUGCAUCUUGUGCUUUUAUUACGAUUAUUAUUAUCAUUAUUAUUAUUAGUAGUAGUAGUUAAUAAUAAUAAUAAUUAUUAUUAUUAUUAUUAUUAAUUUUGUGUGUGUUUGAAAAAAAUAAUUAUAGAAAUGUCACAGCAAUCUGACCUUGAAAAAAUAAAUAUAUUUUUUUGUUUUUAUAAAGCACCGUGAAGUGAAGUAAAAUUAUUAAAAACAUACAAUUCUUAGAUAAUUUUGUUAAAAAAAAUACUAGGCCUAAGUUAUUACCACAAGAUUUAUUUCAAAAUCAAUUAACAUUAAUUAACAUCAUUUCAUAUUUGACUGAAAAUUAAAUGAAAUGACUAAAUCUAUACAACAGCUAGUUAUCUUUGAGUGUGUCCCUUCCCUUUAUGACAAAACCAAUACUUGUCCUGAUCUUCAGGCAGCGCUGCAUUAAAAAACGGACAGAACUUUGGAGUGCAAAUCACUGCAUGGGCUCCAAAUGCAGGUUGUAAUUGUAUCAAGGAAACCAUAUGUAAACCAUAGGAAAAAGUGGUCAGAAACUUUGGCAACCUCUUCUUUAAGUUAAUAAAUCUCAGUUUGGUUUCUGUUAUGUUGGUUGCAGGUCGGCAGCAGGGUGGCAGAUCGGGUUUAUGACAUUGCGAGGUGAGUUUAGGAUAACACAGCUGGUUUCAUGUGUCUUUAGUUUGCUGAUCCUUUCUUCUACUCAAACGUUGUUCCCUCCACUCGCAGGACGUUUCCUCUGGCUCUGGACAUCGGUGGUGGAAAGAGUCACAUUGCAGAGCAUUUAAGCAAGGUAACAGCUCAUGUUGGUUUAGCUGUAAAACAACUGAAAAAGCUAAGAUCAUCAUCUUAGUUAAGUUAAACUUAAUGAAGUGACUCAUAAACCUGUUUGCCUUUUCUUUUGCCUUUUCUGCUUUCUGUGUUUCAGGAUGUUGUAGAGCGACUUUUCCUGACAGACAUAUCAGAAAAAACUCUGGUGAGAGUUCACAAAUCAAACAUAAUAAAUGAAAGAAGACAGAUUAACAGUGACUUAUGAACUGUUCAAAAAAAGGAAUCCUGAAAAAUAUGUGGGUUUAUGUGACAGUAACAUAGACUGAGACGUGAUACUAAUUUAAAUGUGUUUUCUGAUUUGCAGAAACAAACGAGACAGAGUGAGAUCCCCACUCACUGCGUCUUAGCUGACGAAGAGUUUCUCCCGUUUAAAGAAAACACCUUUGACCUGGUGGUGAGCAGCCUGAGGUGAGCAAUUUUUCACAUGUCGUACCGUUUUCUGUCAGGAGAUGGCAGCUGACAGGAAACGAAAAAUACACCACUGAACAUUUUUGAAAAUAGUUCAAGGCUCAAGGUUACAUGAUGUGUCUGCUAAUGAAACUGUAACUUUGUAAUAUUGGACACUCAAAUGUUGUUUAAAAAAAAAACAAUGUCAGUCUGUCAGAGACCUAAAAACUUCUCUUCCCAUCCCUCAUUUUGACCCUAAAAUAUGUCAAACUGAGCCCAGGCUGAAAAAAUAACUUCCUCUGGUGUUCUCAUUUCUUCUCUGACAGUCUGCACUGGAUCAACGACCUUCCAGGAGCGCUCAAACAGGUGAGUCUGACAGUUUGGCGUCUCUGAAAGUCCAGCAGGAUCCCAUACUUUCUUUUGUUGUGAAAUGAAGACAGAAUAAAUGUGCAACAGUUUUAGUGUGACAGUAGUUUAUCUGUAUUGAUGCCUGUGUCAGAGGUUUUAUCUACUUUAAGCCUCAUUAGGUUUAGUAAAGGAGAGCAGUUAAAGCAAGUAACCUCUAGAUUUCUGUUAUGACACUGCUUACUUAUUAUUGUUAUUUAAUUACUUACUUUGGCUCAUUUUGACACUCUCAAACUCCAGUGUCUGUCCUCCAGUUUGAUCCACACAAAUUGGCUAUUUUAUUGUGUUGAGUUGUAAAAGUUUACUGCUUGUGCUCCUCAGAUCCAGCAGAUGCUGAAACCCGAUGGGGUUUUCAUCGGGGCCAUGGUGGGCGGAGAGACCCUCUAUGAGCUGCGUUGCUCCCUCCAGCUGGCAGAGACAGAGAGGGAGGGAGGAUUCUCCCCCCACAUUUCCCCCUACACCGCCGUCACCGACCUUGGCAACCUGUUGGGCCAGGCCGGCUUCAACAUGCUCACUGUGGUCAGAAACACAAACACACACACACAAUAUACUCAGUUUACUCCAUUAAGUACUAAAUUAAUGUGAAAUCAGAGGUGACUUUGACUUUUCUUAACUCCACUUUCUGCUUUUACUCCACCCUACUUUAAGAGAACUAAACACAACAGAAGAAAUUAAUUACAUUAAAAGGAAUAGAGCAGUUAGAGGGAAUAAAGGUGAUAAAACAGAUAAAUCAAUAAAAAUUAAUAAUGCAGAAAAAGCCGAUAAAGAAAGCCCAGGAGUGUAACGGGAAUAAAACUGUGGGAGUAAAAACCAUUAAAAGAAAAAUAAACAAAGAAUAAACAUCACAGAAAAGAUGAUGUCACAUAAAAACAAAUCUAUAAAAUUGAGUUUAACAAAGAUAUUAAAAAGAUGUAACUGAUCUCUCCUCAGGCUGCUCAAUCCAAAAUCAAACUUAUAAAACAGAGUUUUAAAAGGAGAUACACUAGACAACACUGGGAGCCUUAUCACAAUCAAGAGGUCUUUCCAAGGUCAAUCUUAUUUUAAGUGGUUUUUUAAGAGGUUUAAAAGACAUUACUGAUUAAUGUUUACUGAUUACUGACUAAAGUUAGUUUAAUGAGGGUGAUCACUAAUAAGGGAUUUAAAACACAUCACAGAUUCUACAGGUGGAUAAUCUGAGGAAGGUCACUCCAAAGUUCAGUGCAUAAAAUUGAGUUUUUAAAAGUGAUUGAUAGGAUUCACUGAUUCUGUUUUAAAUUCUGUUGCAGGUCUUUUUAUUUAUGUUUACUUAUGUGAGAUUACAGAAGUGACCAAAAAGUACCAACCCAUUCUUUUUUCUCCUGAGGCAGGUUGUUCAAAAGCUAAGUUCAUUUAGGGACAUUUAGAAGUGAUUCAAGCCUCAUCUCUUCUAGCAGGUCAUUCCAAAGCAAAGAUGAUCAAAGCUAGAUAAGAUGGCUUACUUAAUUACUAGGAGAUCAUUAAAAGUUGUAGAAUUAUCUCAUGAAGCAGGUCAUGCCAAACUAAGUCUUUAAAGAUGAGUUGUAAGAAGUGAUUAAGAAAAAGAACACUUAUUCUGUAUUCCUUACCCUAUUUAAGUAAUACUUUGGAGGUGAUUCAAAGUAUGUUAUUGUUUCUGCCAGUGUUAUCACCACAACAGGUUAAGAUAAGAUAAGAUGUUCCUUUAAUAGUCCCACAGGGUGAAAUUCCAAAUUUACAGCAGCAUAGUACAGACAUACAAAGAGAAAUUCAAGUAUAAAGAAACUUAGAGUUAAGUUAAGAAAACAGAAAAAGAUAUGUACAUGAGUCCUAUUUACAGGUUGUGCCAGAGUCAAGUUUAAUCAAGUGAGUUUAAGAAAGUUGUAGCAUCUGUGUUUUCUGCUGUCAUGUGUCAUUAAAUUCACUGUUUGCAGAGUGAUCCCUCAUCUCAAAUAUGAACUUGCCACUGUAUGCUGUCAGUGUUGUCCUCAUCAUCAGAAAACUUUUCAAACAGGAGGUUGGUUUACUUUCUAAAAUGUUAGGCUGAUGAGGUGAAGAGGUGACCAUGUGGGCAGGGUUUAACUUUACAAUCAGGAUGGAGCAAAAAGUGACCUCAGACAGCAGUAAUAGCUCAAGGUAUCCGUUUAUCUGUGCAGGGUUGGGGAACUAAGACACCACAGUAAGGGAAGUCAUCCUUAAAAUCAGAUCCCUCACUUCUUGUCUGUCUAUUUCAGGACAUCGAUGAGGUUCAGGUUCAUUAUCCAGGAAUCAUUGAAGUCAUGAUGGAUUUACAAGGUACAAUGAAAAUGUUCAGUACGACAACUCUGACAUCUUAAUAUCUCUGUAGCAUUAAAACAAGUUGAAUGAUUGGACUUAAUGCUGUGACACGUUUGCCUCGUCUGCAUUCAGAUUGACAGUAAAGCUAUUAAAGUUUAAACAUUUAAUUUAAAAACUUUGAAGGUGAUUUUCCUUCAUGAAUCUUACAGUGUUCAACUGUUGACCUCUGUUACUGUUACCCUGUGUAUACUCUUUCUUUGGCAUCUGCAGGUAUGGGUGAGAGUAACUGUGCGUGGAACAGGAGGUCAUUGUUGCACAGAGACACCAUCUUAGCAGCAGCUGCUAUCUAUAAAGGUGAGAGUUUAAAGAGAAACUAGAUCCAUUUAGGUUUUUUUACUUUCUAGAUAUCUGGACCACACUUAGCUCAUCUUGAAUGCCGGAACUUUGAUGGAUAGUUGAGGAGGAAUUUUAUAGCCAAGUCUCAGUACUUUGACCAAAGGAAUCACUGAAAGUCUGUAAUUACAGAGCAGAUUACAGAGCCUGUGUGUAGGGUCUGGAUUUUCAACCUGGGAAUGUUCCAGUUUCUGUUUGUAGUCAGAAUAGUAUUGACCAAUCAGGUGUCAGCAGGGAAUGCUGUCUGUAUGAAGAGCAAAAGUAGGAGGAACACAUUCCCCCAUAGUGGAUUUACUCUGUGUUUGGGGUGUUUGUGGUGGUUAGGAUUAAAGACUUCCUGUUCUUUGUGCCUCAUUUUUUUACACUCCAUACCGGAACUUCAGAUGCAAAUGAAUCCAUAUCAAGAUAAAAUAACAUGUCUGAAAAGGAAUUGCUGACACCUGAUUGGUUAAUACCACUCUGACUACAGACAUAAACCACAACACUUGAAAACAUGACCAACAAUGGAAAAAAAUGAGAACCAAGAAAACAGAAGUGUUAAGAGUGGACAUCAUUUGCAUAUGAACAAUUCUAUUACUCAGGGUAGAAAAGCUGGUAACACUUAACUUGAAGGGGUAUUUAUAAGACUGACAGUAUGGUGUGAUAAUCAGGGCAUGACACCUGUCAUUAACAUGAAUAAGGCUUAAGAAGGUUGUCAUUAAAUGUCAUUUGGUAAAUUAUGACACUUUUAGUGCUACGUAUGUUGACAACAAUGCCGGCCAAAAGUGUCAUAACUUACCAAAUAGCACUUAAUGACAACCUUCACUAGCUUUACUCAUGUUAAUGACAAGUGUCAUGCCCUGAUUAUCACACCAUACUGUCAGUCUUAUAAAUACCCCUUCAAGUUAAGUGUCACCAGCUUUUCUACCCUGAGUAAUAGAAUUGUUCAUAUGCAAAUGAUGUCCACUCUUAACACUUCUGUUUUCUUGGUUCUCAUUUUUUUCCAUUCUUGGUCAUGUUUUCAUCUCAGGGCCAAACGUGUUUUCUUCGUCAUUUCAGUCCACAGUCUUUGGAUGCUGGGGAUUUUUACCUUCCUCUUUCUCUGACAUGAGAUAUAGAGUUGAACCCACACGCAGAGAGCAGAUAGGAAGAAAGUGUCUGUAAUUUUCUAUUUAAAGACCCUCUUUGAUGAUAAUCCUGUUUUCUUGUUGUUGACAUGUUCAUACGGCAUCUUUCUGAUGCAACAGGACAUAUCAUGAGAAAAAUAAGAGCAAAAUUGCAUUUCUGAGUAUUUCUGUAUUCAAAUCACUGUGAAUCUCUGGCAGACCCAACAGCAGGCUCAGACACAGUAAGAUUUCCAAUAUCAUAAAUCCAAGCUCCGCCCCCGGAGCCCUGCUUUGUAGGCCAGACUAGGAGAAAUAGAGAGGACAAACAUGGAACAAGCGUGUGCAUUAGCGGAUCACAAGAAAGCUUAUUAUGAUAUUAGCCAGAGUAGUACAAGCGUUUAAUCGCAUCUUUGCAUUGACUUAAUAUGUAUUUUAUUUUAUUUUUUUCAGAAAUGUACGGUAAUGAAGACGGGUCUGUUCCUGCCACUUUUGAGAUCCUAUAUAUGAUUGGCUGGAAGCCUCAUGAGUCCCAGGUAAGAAAGGUGUUCUUUAAGGACUAGACUCUGCUGGUUUUAAGGGUUAAUCUGGUCUUUUCAAACAUGGCCUUGUGUUUUUAUCAUUUUUAGCUCUAACUUUUGAUAUUAGAAGAAAUUAUUUAUCCUGCUGCAGGGAAUCAGGUUACCAUGGAGACUGUAUGACAUCACAGAAAUAAGAAACGUCUUUGGUGCUUAUGUACAUGAAUGGUUCUGUAUAGAUUACACUGAGUUUAGCAGGAGGGGCAGAUGUGUGUUAGUAAAGCAGAGGGACAGAGUGAGCAGAAGUCAUAGGCUGGCUGAUAGUUUUGAUCUGCAGUUUGUGAUCAAAUAUGAGUAAAACAUGAACUUAGAUCUUUAAAUUUUUACUAACACACUGCAAAAUACUAAGUUUUGUAUUAAAUGAAGUAAUUUAUUAUUGUAAUUUAGUCCAAGUUCAUGGACUAAGGCGAAGAAUUGAUGCAGUAAAUGGUCACAGUUACCUUAAACACAUCAGCUUCUAUUAAAGAAUGAAGUAUUAUUUGACAGCAUAGAUUUGAAGAGAAUUACUCAAAAUGUUUCUUGUUGUUUCUUUUUGUCGUUUCAGGCCAAACCAGCGAAGCGAGGCUCGGCUACAGCGUCAUUUGGAGAUUUAUCAAAGAUCAGACCGCAGACAGACACAAAAAAGUCAUAGAAAAAUCUGACCCCAUCAACACACUGCAGACUGUAUAUAAUAUUAUAUUUUAUUUAAACUUACUUGUUUUGUCUAGAACAGAAGGAGAUGUGUUGUAAUCUGUGGAUUAAAGUUGACCAACUUGAUACAGCUUCUUGAGAAUGCUGUGCUCUGUUUUACAGGAAGUCUAAUUUUAGAGCCUUAGAUGAUGACUUAGAUAUAGAAAAAGUGUCAUCCGCCCAAAGAGCAUAUCAGGCUGAGGUCAGACCAGUAUGGAGACCACAUAUACAGAAAAAACUGAGAGCUAAACUAGAAGCUGUACAACAUGAGAGGGUAAUAAAGAAUUUAACCACAUGAA